CUUUGUGCAGUUGUAGAAAGUCUUGAAAAUUUGUCCAUAUAAAUGAAUUGCAUUGUCCCUUUACUCUUUCCUUUGUCUUCAUCCGUGAACGCAGGAUUGCCUGUUCAUGAUCUCUCUCCAACAUUUCACCUUAUAUUUGCAGUGUAGGUCCUCAACGUCCAGCACACAAGGAGAUUUGCCUGAGAAAACUACCUCUCCAAGAACAAAAAUUGCAGCAGUUAUCAGCCAACCAAAAUGACGACUACUUCUUAUAGCAAAUUGAGCAUGAAGCUUUUGAUUGACACCAAUGCUGGUAAAGUCCUAUUUGCUGAGGCUGAUAAGGACUGUGUAGAUUUCCUCUUUCAGAUUCUCUCAUUGCCUGCGGGAACUGUUAUGAGUCUUCUCAAGGAAAAAGGAAUGAGUGGAUCCUUGCCUAACCUCUAUGAAAGCGUAGAAAAUCUGAAGGACGCAUAUAUCCAAUCGAACCAAUGCAAGGAUAUCCUUUUAAAACCCAAGUCCUCUGUUGGGAUCUCUUCAGCUCCUUUUCUAUUGCUUAAUGAUGACGGUCUAACACGUGAGAAGACUUUUUAUGGCUGUUCCUACAGUAGUUCCCACUCAACUGUUUCUGAUGACCCUAGUGCUCUCUGCACAAGCUGUCGACAUAGCAUGUCAAGAAAGAUUACAUAUGUUGCUCCGCCCGUAGCAAAAGGAGCUGUGGCAGCAACAGGGGGUUUUGUGAAGGAUUUGGUGACAUACAUGGUGACGGAUGACUUGGUGGUUACGCCCAUGUCUACCAUUUCUUGCAUUUCCCUUCUCAACAAGUUUAAUGUCAGGGAUGUAGGUGUACUAGAGGAGGAAGUAGUAAGUUUUGGAAUGAAUGAGGCGCUGGAGUUGCUGAAGGCAUCUUUCGAGUCGAAAGAAGUUCUGACAAGUGUUUUCACGAGCUGCGUAAAAGUGGAGAAAUAGUCAUAAGACAAUGGAAUUGGACGUUUCAGUUUAUUAACUGCCUUAUGUAAGGAGUAUUAAAUAUUAAUGGCUUUCUUUUGUUUCAUCCCUGUGGGAGUCUAUUCUGUUUUGUAAGUUACAUCUAUUGUUAAAUUGUACUUGUGUAUA